UCAAUUCCGUUCGCUCGGCGAAAAGUGAAAAAUAAUCAGCGACUCACCUGGGAAAUCUCGUUAAGCCUGCAACUUUGCAGAGACCAAGAAAACGAAGAAGAAGAAGCAAAAGAAAGGAAAAAAGAACGCAGUUAAUUUUGCAAGAAACUAGAAACGAAAUCAACAACCAUGUCCGAGGCACACUUUGAUGAGUACGAGCACUACAAUUUCGACCAUGACAAGCACAUCUUCUCUGGCCACAGCGGCAAGCAGCGCUCCAAGAAGGAGGCCACCGAGCACACCAAUCACUUUGAUCCCUCUGGACACUCCCGCAAAAUCCUCACAAAGCUUAUGAACACCAACAACAACAACAAGAAGGCGGCCGCCUGCAAGAACUGAUGCAGGGCAUCGGAGGAGCGGGAACGGCAACGGGAACGCAAAGUGAGCGGCGGAGAACGCAGCGCGUGGGAAGGUGCGAGAGAAAAGAAAUCUUCGAAUUUAAACGAGAAAAAAGGUUGAAAAAUCACAGCAGUCGCUAAAAGGAGAAGGAAAAGGAAAGAGAGAAGAGAGAGAACAACAA